AUGCCAUCACUUACAAAAAGGCAGAAACAUUUAAAAAAUUUGUCUCUAAGAAAAAAAAACUUUUCGAAAGUUGUUCUUCAUAAUAAUGAGAAUAAAAAUAAAAAUGAAAAUGAAAAUGAUAAUGAUAAUGAAGGUAAUGAAUCAAGUAACACCAGUGAUAAUGAAUCAAUUAAUAAAAAUGAUAAUGAACCAAGUAACGAAUCAAUUAAUGAAAACAAUAAUGAAUCAAAUAACGAAUCAAAUAAUGAAAGUAAUGAUGAGUCAAAUAGUGAUAGUGAUAGUGAAAUUUGUAAUCAUUUAGAAAGUAUUCCCCACGUUCAAGAACUGCAAACAUUUAAUACUAAUGUUAGCCAGUUGAAUGCAUUUUCACAAAUUAAAAAUCAUAUCAAUGAAUUGCUUAAUUAUGCUCAACCACAUCAAUAUGGUGAACCUGCAACUGAAACAUUAAAACACGAUACUUAUCAACCUUUUAGUAAUAAAAUCAAAAACUAG